UCAGUAAAACCCAAAUAAAAGCGAUGAAAACACGAGAUGACAAAACCAAAAGACAAACCAUGGCUCCAUCUUCUUCUUCUUCGUCUCCUUGUUCUGCUUCUUCCUCCAAAUCUCCUCCUCCACCUCACCAGUCCCCCUUUUUCACUCCUAUUCAUGAAUGUGAAAGGGAGGGACAAGAAGAUGCUAGCCCAAGAGUGAGCACGGACAGAAGGGUGACCCCAAAGCACCUCCCAACACCGCACCAUGCUAAAACAAUCGGGAAAUCCAAAGCCAGGAAACGACACGAGUCUGCUGAAAAUGGCGAUGGUUCUGUUUCUUGCAACAAGUGCAGGCCUCACUCCAGGGAGAAGAUCUCCGUUGUUCCUUUGGACAACAACAAUGGAGUUAGCAAACACUACUUUUCCAUGGCAAGUCCUAAUGGGAUCUUCAAGUCCAUCUUCCAUUCCUUAACAAGAAAGAGUCCCAAAUCAACUGACUCGUCAACACCCAGAGAAGAGCAGUGGAGAAUUGCUGUUGCCGAGCUCACACACAAGCUUAUUCAAUCUACAAGAAAGAAAGACGAAGCAGUGCAGGAGGCUUCGAGGUUGAAGCACACCAUGGCUGAGCUCGAGAAGAAGCUCAACAAGCUCGAAGUUUACUGUCAUAACCUCAAGUCCGGCCUGGAUGAAUGUAACAGCAACUCCCCUUAUAGAAUGGGUAAAGCUCAUAACAUUCAUCAACCCAAGAAUCAUGAUGGGGUCAUUGGAGCUAAUGAGAAAGUGAUCCAACAGUUCUUGAUAUCAUUCUCUGAAGCCAGGUCUUCAAUCAGACUUCUAAGUAGAUCACUCAGCAUGCAGUUAAGGCACAUGGGCAGCAAAGUUUGCGAGAGAAUAUCUCUGCUACUACAGCCUUAUGAUAUGAAGGUUUCUCACUCCAAGAACCCCAAAAGCCUUCUCCUUUACCUCGAAGCUCUGUUGAACAAUGCUUUCUUUGAAGAUUUCGAAUCCAUUGGGUUUCAAAAGAAUGCAGUGAACCAAAUAUUGAACCCCAUUCACCGUUGCGAAUCAAAUUACGGUUCAUUCAAUGAUUUACAAGGUUUAACAUGGGAGGAGGUCCUGAAUAAGGGUACCAAGUAUUUCAGUGAGAAGUUCAGCAAGUUCUGUGACAGGAAAAUGAGUGAAAUUGUGGCUAUGUUGGGAUGGAACAGAGCUUGGCCGGAGCCAUUGUUGCAAGCCUUCUUCGUUGCUUCAAAGAGUGUGUGGUUGGUGCACCUUUUGUCCAACUCGGUGCACCCUGCCAUACCAAUCUUCAGGGUGGAUAAAGGGUUAAGGUUCGAUCCACAAUACAUGGAGGACAUGAGUGGAGAAAGGGCCAUUAAAUUAGUCCCAAGCAUGGUUCGGAUCAUGAUCACACCAGGGUUCUAUGUCUAUGGCAGUGUAGUUAAAUGCAAGGUGAUUUGCAGGUACCAGAACAACCUGGAUACUAGUUUAAUUAACAAGGGCUUAACCCCAUCCCCUUAGUGUAUUAAAUUUAGCCAGGCUUGAAUCAAAACAUUGGAUUUUCCUUUUGCAUUUUGUAUUAUUAUGGUGCCAGUUAUGUUUAUGUGAAUGGAACAGGCAUUAAUUAUCUGAAGCGGAAAUGAAAACCCACUGUCACAUGUAGAUUAGAUGCUCAUCUUGGGAAGUGUUUUUGGAUC